AUGCCAGCGCUCGACUGGAAAAGCUUAAUCAAUCAUGAUCCAAGAUUAUCAACCUCAUCUGAUGAACUUGCAUCAAAUAUUCGACAAAUUCUUGAUUUAAUUAACUCUAAAUCAUCGGAAAUUCCAGUUUUCACAACAGAUGAUUACACGAUAUUAGGUAAUGCAGCACGUCGUGCAUUGGACCCAACCUUAUUGAAAGUUUUAAAUGAGAAUAAUUGCAAUGAUUCCAAUUUUGUUUUAAAAUUAGUUGAAAUUUUUAUUACAAACAUCGAUGAUUUAGCAUGUUUCAUAGUAUCUGAAGAACAAAUUGAUGGUAUAUCAUCAACUAUUUUGAAUCGUUUAAAAGGUAAAUUGGAAUGUCGUGGACAGCUAUUAAAACUUGGUUUGACAUCUGAGAAAACCUUAUUAGACAAAAUUACAACAAACUACUUAACAUUAGUUUCAUUUAAAUCUAUGUCAUAUCAACGACUAAAUGAGUAUUGUCGUGAAAUAAUCCAUGAUGAUCAUAAAGAAAUAUUAGAGAAGUUAUGGGUGAAAGGCAAUGAUUUACGUGAAAAAGUUCAAAAAUAUAAUUUGCCAUUAGAAAUUACCGAUCAAUUUCGAAAGCAUAAUAUUUUGGCAAUUAAUGAUUUAACAGAACAAAAUAUGCAAUUAAUAAUUUCUGAACUUUCUGACAAAGUAACCGAUGAACAUGAAAAGUCCAGACUAAAUCGUAUAAAAGCUAAUUUGAAACGUUUAUAUCGAGAAGAAAGUGAUGAACAAAAAACAGAAAUAAAGAAAAAAGAAACUGUUUGUGCGAAACGAUUAAAACGGACAGAAGAAGCUAUACAAUUAGUUACAAAAAUGUUAAACAACUUAAAAGAUAAUUCAUCUUCAACUAGCACAAGUGUAAAAGAUUGUAUGAAAUUAAUUAGUGAAAAAUUAGAAAUACCAGAAUGGAAAUUAAGUGAAAAUGAAUUAAAUGAACCAAAUGAAAUAUUCGACCAAAUAUUGAAAGAAUUAAAUUCAGUUAAGAACUUAGAUUUGAAAACCAAAGAAUACUCCGACGAAGAAUUGAUUGCACGUAUUAGUGGUGGAACAGUACUGUAUGGUGUUUCAUUUAUUGAUCCUGAACGACUGGGUGAAAAAGCUACAAGACCAUUAUUGCGGCAGCCGGAGUAUUGUUCAUUAAAUUUACCUGAAUUACCAUUUAAGAUGACUUAUCAUAAAUUUACAAGUAUUGAUGCUAGUAAUCAGUUCGAGAAAAUAGUUAAAACAUGCGGUUACACUGUAGCAGCCAAUCUAUCAGCAAGCAAAUGGGGCUUUCACCUUGAUGGAGAAUUAAAUAUAGUUACGAAAAAUAGUGUUGAACAAUAUGAACAAGAUUCAAAGCUAUCAACAGACAUUUUUCUAACAUAUUACUCAUUUUUACCGAUGAAAUCAUUUCGUAUACCAAUUGAAGAAAUGCGAUUAUCAAAAGAAUCAGAAACUUUUGCACGUUCUAUAAAUAAUUUAAAAUUAGCAAAAAAAUUUUUAAAUGAUUUUAAUUCACAUGUAUCUACUGGUAUAAAUCAUCUCGGUGGGAUUUAUUUAUGUACAAUAUCCAUAACAACUGAUAGUUUAUCCUCUGUUGAUAACUUAGAAAAAAUUGGAGUAAAUCAUUUUAAUACGGCAAUUGGUGCCGGUUUUCAAAAGCUCAAUAUAGGUGGAAGUAUUUCUUACGAAUCAUUUGACGAUAUUGGUGAACAUACACAAAGCGUACAUAAAAACAAACAAGCUAAAGUUAAAUCUCAUAUCAGUUGUUACGGGCCACCAUGUACGAAUCGUGAUUUGUUUAGUCAAAUAAUAAAUACUCAUAGUUCAACUUGGCAUUUAAUUGAUCGAUCCGAUUUAAAAUCAUUAGUACCAGUAUGGGAACUGAUGAAAGAUCAUACAGAUCCAUACGUACGUGAAGCAGCUAAAUUUAUUAAACGUGCAUGGUUAGAACAAGCUUUGAAAUACUCUCAUAUACCUGUAAUUGAUUGUGAAAUUAAACGUGUCAUGUUAGAUGCAUGGAAUCCAUCAAUGAUUGAAAUUAACUUACCAGUUCAGCAGUUUAUUUCUAAACGAGAAAAAAAUAAUUAUCAUGAUGCUGUAAUUAGUUUAGAAAAUAUGUUAGAAAAAGAUUUUUUUUCAUUACCAAUUAAUGAUAAUCAUAAUGGUGAAGAAAUAGCAAAAAUAAUUCGAACUAUAUGUCAUAGUGUUUACAAUGCAAACUUAACCGUUGGUUUCAACUUAUUACCAACGAUACUUGUCCGAGAUAAGAUGAAAAGUUUUCUACAUACGGUUGCUAUAAUUUGUGCGAACGAUAGUGAAAAACUGCGCUUAGUCGUACCAGCAUUACAGCAUUUAUUGAGCAGCGAAACAAUUUUAAGAUUACAAGAACACAGUAUUUAUUUAGACGAAAUUAUAAAAAAUUUAAUACAAAAAGUUCAACAAUUUCAAGAAACACAAGAAAGUCGUGAAUUUGAUACUGAUAAUCUGUUGAUCAGCACAUCUGUUACUAUGUUGAAUGAUUUACCAACUAAAUUACGAAAUAUGCAUGCAAUAAACACGGAAAAUGAAAGCAUUCUUGCGCAUAAAAUGGUACAAAUAAUAAAAUUAAGUUUAAUCAAAGGUGAAUCUGUUUCACAGCAGCAACUUGGCGUAUCGAAACAAUUAGAAAAUAUGUUAACCGAUCAACAUGGCUGGACAAAUGAUGGAUUUAUUACUGAACCAUUGACUCAUGAAGGAAUAAAAGCUGUAAUUAAGGAUAUUGAAGAUAAAUUAAAUGAAAUUCAAAAUCUAUCAGUUAAUGUUAUGCAACAACCAACAGAAGCACAAGAAAAAAGCCGAACGGAUAGUUCUACUAUGUAUCUUACCAAUACUAGCACAAGCAAUGAUGCUGAACAAGAAAAAUAUUCUCAUCUCGACUGGAUAAUUGAUCGCCCAGUAAGAAACAUACAAAUCGAUCCGGUCGCUGGAUUUAUUGAUAGACUUCGUCAUAGAAUGAAGCUUGAUGCAUUUUGUCCAAGAUCCUCUGUAGCUAUGUCGGUUGCUGAUGAGGAUCAACAAUUAUUAGAUGAAUGGAGUAGUAAUGUUGAUGCAAAUCAAGCAGACCAAGAGCAGCGGUCUACAACUGAUAAUCAAAAUCAAUUUUUUUAUGAUAUUGAGAAUAGUUCUACACAAUUAAAUAGUUUAACAGAUACGUUAGUUUAUUUAACAAACAAUUCCAAACUUACUUCGAAAAUAGAACUUUUUCGUUUAUUAAUUGAUCGUCGAUAUGCAAUACCAAUUAUUACGACAAAUAUUAAUCGAAAAUAUAAACAACCAUUUCAGUAUCAUGUUGAUGUUUUAAAAUUCAUUCCAUUGCCUUCAAUUGAUCAUAAAAUAUCGUAUUUAGACGACAAUAAGAACUUGUAUCGUAUUGCUAUUGUUUCAAGAAAAUCAAUCGCAGAAAGCGAAACAUCUCAUUUAAUCUCAAAAACAUUUGGUAGUCAUUCAACGCAUGAGUUACAACGAUCGGAUAAUACCCAAUUGAUAAUGGCCGAAAUUGCUGACGGAUACAUAGAUGAUCAAAAUGAUACAAAAUGGUCAUUUCUUAUUUUACAUGUAGUAGGAGAUUACACAAAAUUACGCUCGUUUAUAUGUGAAUUUACAAAUCUAGUAAUUAUUGAACAAGAUCCAUCGAUUAAACAAGUUUCGGAAAUCUCCACAACAACUUUUUCAAGUAUACCUGUUAUCAUUUGGAAUGUUUCGCAGAAAAAUGUAAGACCAAAACGCGAACAUCAACAUUACGUGUUAACUGGUACAAUUAAUGGUAUAGUUAAGAAUUUACAAGCAGCAUGCAUGACUCGACUCAAAAAUUUUAAGGGCAAUUCUAAUAGUUUAAGUUCAAUAAAUAAUAUAGAAUUAUUUUAUCGUCCAAUACUUAGUAAGAUCAAUGUACUUGCUGUUAUUCGAAGUCAAGAUUAUUCGACGUUAAGACAAGAGAAAUUAUUAUUACAAAAGAGCUUUAACAUUGAAUCAAAAUAUCGAAUAGAAUUAAAUCGUUUAAAAAAUGACUAUUCCGAACAGCGUGCAUUUCAGCAUAAAAUUCGAGAACAAGAACAAAAUCGUCAAGUUAGUAUGUCCGACAUAGAAAAAUUAGAUAUCAUCAAAAUUUUUAUAAAUAUUUUACAACAUCCAAAUUUUGAUCAAAGAAUGGUAGCUAUAAAUGAAUUAAUUAAUGGUAUCGAUGAUUAUUCAGCAUCAGUAGUACAUGAUGUACGAAGAAAACGUGAUGAGGCAUUUCAUGCAUAUCAACAAGCAGUUAGACAAAAGACCGAUGGUGAUUUUUAUAAAGCGAAAUUUGUUGAAGCUAAAGCUAUCUAUGCAGCCACUAUUGUUUCUAUCGAACAUUUAUGGAGAGAAUGUAGUCAAUUAUAUUCUUGUGAUCCAGAACGAUACUUCUAUUAUCCAGAAUUGGCUGCACAAUAUUUGAUUGAUGGAUUUCCAAUAGAGUUAUUAGAUGGAGAUGCUGGUAUAAUUUGCGAUAAAUGGAUUCGUGCAGUAUUAAAUUCAUUAAACAGUGUCCAAAGUUCUGGUAAAUCGACACUAUUGAACAUUAUGUUUGGUGUACGUUUUCGUUCAAGUGCUGGUCAGUGUACUCGUGGCGUUAAUAUCCAAUUAAUUAAAGUAGAAAAUCGUGAUGCAUACGAUUAUAUAUUAUUAAUGGAUACUGAAGGUCUUCGUGCACCUGAAUUGAAAGAUUUAGAACAAGCGGCAUGGAAAGAUAAUCGAAUGGCAACAUUUGCCGUUCUACCAGCGGAUGCAACAAUAAUUCUUGUCAACGGAGAACAAGAUGAAACAUUGAAAGACGUUCUUCCCAUUGUGAUGUUAGCUUAUCAACAAUCUCAACUUGCUGAAAAUUAUGGUAAUCAACUAGCCUCCAUGAUGCUCUUUGUAUACUCUCGUGUUGAUGUAAAACAGAUUGAUUAUCUUAUACCCAAUGUUCAAGAACUAUUUCGUAGUUUAACAACAUCGUUUCAAUCAUUGCAAUAUUUUAUCAAUUUAAAUGGCAGUAAUCAAAUGGAGUGCACAUUAUUUCGAGAUUUUCGAUUAGAUAUAAAUCAUCAUAACGAUGGUGACAUUCGAUUUCUUGGCAACAUCAAAAACAAAGAUGGCACCAUAGAUACAGAUUAUGGCAUAGCUGUAACAAAAUUGCGUGAAUAUAUUCAUAGCCGUGUUACUUCAUCUCAAACAGUAUCAGGAUGGAAAUGGACAGCUCGAACAUUAAAUGAUUUUGCUGAGUUUAUAGGUACAGUUUGGCGAUGUAUAAUAUCAUCCGAUUUCAAUCUAACAUUUUCAUCAGCAAUUGAAAGAAAAGCUUAUGAUCAGUUAGAUACACUCUUAGCAGAAGCAACACACAAUUAUGCUUCCAUUUAUAAUUUAGCAUAUGAGUCAAUUGAAAGAGAAAUAAUUAGAGAUACAGAAACUGGUAAUUAUGUCGCGCAGGAACAUGGAGAUCAUGAAAAAGAAAAAAUCGUUAGACAAAAAAUCGAUAUUUACUUUAAUAAAUUAAACACUUCCAUAAAUGAAAAAUUAAAAAUAAUUGAUGAUAAAUUUAUUGAAUCCUUAGAUGAUCCACGCUGGCAACAAUGGAAAAUAUCUCGAUUAGAUUCCUGGAAACAAUUUAAACAUAAACAAGUUAAUCAUUGGAAAGAGAUUAUUAGUGAGAAAUUACAUUCAAUUUAUCUAUUUGAUACAAUUGUUGGUCAAUAUCAACGACGUCUUCGUGUUCAAAUCAAAAAUUUUUUUCAGGGUACUGAUAGCUACAAAAAUCAAUCAUUAAAUGUGAAUGAGCUUAAAACCUUAUUUGAAAGCUUAUUCGACAAAAUCCUAAACGAAGCACGUGAAAAACAUCGGCCUGUUCCAAUCGAAAAAGUUACUACGGAUGUUUAUAAAAAUAAUACAGCUGGUAAGCGAUGGGAUUUAAAAAGAAAUUAUAUGGAUUUACAGAUUUAUGCAGAAUUAAAUUCAGAAGUCGGUAAGUUUGAAUUUGUCAAACGUAAAAUAUGGAAUUUAGUAGGUCGAUCGACCGAACAAGAAAAAGAAUCAGAGCUUUUAAGUGAAUUAUUAAUUGAAAUUAAUGAACAACUGAAAUCAGUUAAAUGCUAUUCCUAUCAUAUUGUACAAGAUGCAAUAACAAGAACAAAUAAGAAAUUAAAUGAAUCGAAACUUCGCUCUGAUAAACUUGAAGGAAAAGCACAUAAUCUCAUUUAUGAUUUUUUAAUCAAACGAUUAACUGAAAUACAAAACAAGUGGAAUCAAUCAAAUAAUAUUGUUGUUCGUUUGGAGUCAGAAAAAAAUCGUUUAUAUGAAUUUUUUUUAAAUGCAUCAAAGGGUAUUGCUGGUGCGCAAUUAUUAACAAGUGAAAUCAUAAAUAUAUUAAAAGAACAUUCAAUAAAUGCUUAUAAAAAAGCUGUUAUAAAACAUGUCGUAUUAAUAUUACAAAAUGAGCGAUUUGUUAAAUGUGGAAAAGUUAUUCAAGCUAAUGCUGAUUUACAUUUAAUUGAAUUGAUUAAAAAAGAUCAAAUUGAUGAAUUAAUAAAAAGAUUAGAAGCAUCUGCUGAACAUUAUACUUUUAUUUUAAAUCGAUUGAUUCAAGAAAAAUUAGUUGAUACAUUGAAAUCACAAUGGUUAUUAUUUGUAAAAUUGUUAAAAAAUAAUAUUUCAUCAUCAGCUGCACAAGCACAAGCAGGUGAAACUCAUCGAACACAACUGUUCAUUGACAAAUUGCGUGAAUUAUUACCAACGUAUUUCGUUGAACAAAUGAUUUCAUUAGAUGCAACUGUUUUUAUUGCUUGUGAUGAUGAAAAUAAAAAUGUUUUUAAUGAAAUUCAGUUUAAUAUUAUACAAUGUAUUGAUGAUUUUGACUGUCCAACUUUUACCGAAGAACAAAUUAAAGAUAUGAUUGAAUCUAUUCGUUCAGCUAUGGUUGAUCGUCAGCAUAAUAAUAGUGCUAAAAUGCGAUGUGGUAUAUUAUGUCCUACCUGUAAGGUACCUUGUCAUUUGGACGCUGGACACAUUAUUUCAAGUGACAAACUGGAAGAUGAAAAAAAACCCGAGACAACUAAAAUGGUUUAUCUCGCCUUAAGAGCAUUACGAAAGCAUAGGAGAGAUCAGCAUGAUGCAUGGCAUCAACCAGGAGGUUUGGCCGGUAGAUAUUGGAAAAUACAUCCUACUCAAGUUAAUGAAAUAGUUGCACCAUCAUGUUCGAUGUCAGUGCGUGAUGGACACAGUUUUUGGCAUAAUAAUCAAUGGAAUGAAUAUAAAAAGUUUAACAAAGUAUUUCCUGAAUGGUCUUUACCAUCAUGCGAAGACAAUCAUCGUUUAAAGUUACGUGAAUAUAUUUUUUAUCGAUAUCAUAAAGAUUUGGCACACUAUUAUGGUCGAUUACCUUGUACUGAAGUUCCAUUUGAAUAUAAUCAUAAUUUAGACUCAAUAGAAAAAGAAUUAUUAAGUAUGGUUAAGGACAUAUGA